UCUGCGCGUCAUCUGUAGAACUAUUUUAUUAACGGUCAAAUUAUUUCGGUAUAAAAGUGAUAUAUUCUUGCAAAGUAUGAUACCUAAAAACCUAAAUUUUUGUCGUGACUUUGAACUCCUGCUCCUGAGAAACUUGCAGAGAUGAAACGCCCAAGUGAGGAUGGCGAGAACUGUCGCGGUGGCGGCGGGAAGAACGAAUUGUACCUUUCUGUCUGUGACCCCAGGAUUUGUUGCACGAUUGCCAGCUCUUUCUGUUAUAAUCCCGAUGGAUUUAAGGGUACCGAAGUUCCUCUUUGACCUUGACUUGUUAUAACUGUUGACCAAAUCAUCGCAGUGGUGAUUCUUAUCACAACAGCCAUCACUGCGUCGAAACGGACAGAGAAGCGAUGAAGGAAGUCUAGAUUUCUUCUGUACUGCAGUAGAAGGAGUGUCAAGAAAGGCACUGUGUGUCAUUCAUGAGUUUUGUUAGGGGCCCUAAUCGAAAUCCAACACAAAACAAAAACUUCUCACUAUCGUUCUGAAUGCUGCGUUGGGAAGUAAACGUUCUGGCGUCACACCCAAGAGGCUACUACCAGCGUACAGUAACGUAACAUUGUUUACCAGUUAUUUGGUACUGCUCAUUGUCACAGUGGCUUUGUGGGCAUUUAAAUGUGGCACUUAGUUUCAGCAACAGUCGUACCAUUGACCCAAUUUCUUCACCAGGAUGCUAAGGUGAGGUUUGCUUCACCUUGGUCAUUCUUUUAUUCCCUCAUAUUCUAUUGUUUCAGCUCGGGUCAGCGAGCAGUGCUUCUGCAUGCUGUCACAAAUACUGAGUCGAAAGUUGCCGUAUAGUAAAUCUUUCGUUUCCCUAUGUCACGUCAUUUUGUGUUUCGCCCGGACAACAGCCCGAUAGAUGGGAUCAUGUCAAGGACAGCAAGUCAACAAGUAGUUAUUGCUUCUUGCAAGUCAUCAAUCGUUUACAAGCAAGGAAGAAAGAUCAAGAAAGAGUUGAACGUGCCCGUCAUUGUGACAUCGGCAAAGAACAAGCCUUUGCUUUUGUACGACGGCUACAGUUAUACUGUCCACCGGAGACUCGACUCCAAAGUCACGUGGAUUUGUCGAAAAAGAAACGUAUGCCAUGUACGUCUUCACACGGAUAAUUCUGGAGGCAUUUUGAAGUUCAUCCACGAGCAUCAACAUCCUCGAGAUUACGGAGAGGAGGAGGCCUUACACGCGCGAUCUAACCUUCGUCUACUCACGGAAACUCACCUUCCAACAGCAGAGAUCGUAAAGAGCACUGUCGAGAAACUGUCAGAAGCCGCAAGUGCCGCCUUGCCCUGUCUUGACUCUUUGAGGCGUACUGUACGACGACGACGGCGUAUACAGCAGCAACAGCGGGAGCAGGAGGAGCAAGUGCAAAUAACGGUAGAUACAAUCAAGGUUGAACCGCAGAGCCCAUGAAGGAUCACCUGCAAAAAUCGGUGGCACUCACAACAUCUGCGUCACGACAUAUUAUGGAUGGAACAGCACAAGUGGACGAGUGGUCAGGUUGACCAGCCGUACUGUCUCUCACCAUUGCUUAUUACUGUCUGUGCUCAAAUGAGCAAUGUUCCUCACGACCUUUCAUAUCAGUACACCUUCACGAGUGGCUUCUUGACAUUAAUAUAUGUAAAUUAGCGUAAUAAUGAUAAACACACAAGAUACACAAGAGGAAUAAUAAACAAAAGACCUUCCAUUUCGCUGG